UUCUUUAUUUCAUUUUAAUCUUUUCUUUAACACAUUUAAAUUUUUCUUCCGUUUUUCAAGGGCCACUUCACGAACACAUAAAACCUAUUCAACUAAAUCAAUUGUACAACUGAGUCAUUUUCCUAAGUAGAGUUGCUACAAUUAAUAAACAAACUUAACACCCUUUUUAAACAAACUAUGAAUAAUUUUGAUUUAAUAGGUAUUACAAUUUAAGUCUACAUAAUUUUGGAUUUUUGUUUACGAAAUAACAUAGGGAAAAUGUAGAGAUGUCUUAAGAAAACGUUAACGAAGAUUAUAUAUUUGUUGACGUACAAAAUAAGUCUUACGAAACUUGGGGCUGACUUAUGGAUUAUAAAAUUUCUCAAAUGAAUCUAAAGGGUUUAUCAAAAUUCGCAUUCAUAACUUACAAAUUGCAAGGAAUAUUAAACGAAAUUUAGAAACCGGUCAAAAUUUCAAAGAAAUAUAUUAUAAAUAAAUAAAUAAAUUAUUAAAAGUAAAAUAUGGAUAAUGUGAUAAUUGACCCAAAAUGAAUUUCGAUAAACAUUUUGCUGAUUAAGAAACAGAGUUGUUAUGUUAAAACCCAAACAUAUCGAUUGUGAUUCUUUAAUUUUGUUACUAAUUGUGAAUCAUACAUGCAAAGUACCAUUUGCGAUAUGUUUCAUAAAUUUGCCUGCAUUUUAUCGAACAGCAGUUCAAUGUCAAUUGCUUCAACUUUUUAAGAUCUUCAAGAUAUGAAACGAAAGGACAAAAAUAAGAAUUUUCUUCAAGGACGAGAAUGUUUCAAACGUAUGAAUUUUCUAUAUCAAGCUUCUAUGUUGAUGGCAGGUCGUAGUAAUGUUUUGUCCGCAUUUUAUGGCCAAUUAUGCAAAAAUAUAGGCAAGAAGGCUACGUUAAAGAUAGGACCGGGUAUAAAACGCGAUUUUUGUAAGCGUUGUUCUUUAGCACAGAAGCCUGGCUUGACUAGUUGUUUGAGCGCUCAAUCCCAAAAAAGACGUAGAAAUAGCGCUCCAAUAGAUGAGAGUGCUAAAGUUCAGUUGGUUUGUAAAUUAUGUGGAUAUAAACGGCAUUUUAAUAUUAAUAGUAAUUAUAAAUAUUGGCUAGACAAUCCCGAAUCUGUUGUGGAGGAACGUAGUUUAGACGUAAAGGAUACAAAUAGUAACGAGAACAAAACAGAUUUAAGAAAUGAAAAAAAAAAUCGACGGGUAUGACCCCUAUAAAGGAAAAAGUAAAAAUUAAAUGUUCGUUGUAUUUAAUUUUAAGAUAAAUAUUAAUGAAUAUAUGUAUCUGGCUUUACGUACGAAGCCUUUUCCAACGCUACUGCGCUGCGUUGCGGUCUGCAAGAUCUGAAUAUACUCAAUUAUAUGAAAAUUAAAGUUUUAAACAAUUGACUAUAUGUAGAAAUAUUGUUUGUGGUAGGCUAAUUGAAAAGUAUGUAGAACGAAAAA